AUGGACUCUAAACAUGAUCGACCAAACAUCGGUCGCCCCGUGCCCCGUGCCCCGAACCCCGAACCCCGACCCCACCGGACCGGGCGGGACGGGACCCCACCCCACCCACCACGGAUCGCGGAUGUGAUGUAUAGAAUCUCGACGGGAGAUGAUGGAUGGAUGGACAGGGUCACGGGGCGACGCGUUGCGCGCCACGAAGGCCCUCGACGCGCGCGCGCGCGCGCGUGCGCCGACACACCCGUGCGCACCGCACCCCCCGUCUCCUCUGACCUUCCCUAG